CAGCCGAAUUGCAUCAUCGCCACAGAAUCUACUACGCAGGCAGCACCACUCCACUCAAGCAGGCAGAAGGGAUUUAUAUUCCGGAUCCGAAAAGAUCACUACUCCUUAACGACUCUUCAGUACCGCAAACAUGUCGUCUCUUCCGUUCCAGCUCAAGAACCCAGAUCUCCUGCAUAACCUUUCAUAUGUGAAUGGAGAAUGGGUGAAGUCGCAGUCUGGCAAGACAUUUGAGGUCAUUGACCCAGGCAACGGCAAGCCAUGGAUCUCAUGCCCGGUAAACGAUGCUUCUGACGUUGACGUCGCCGUCAAGCACGCUCAAACGGCCUUUGAAUCAUUCAAGAAGAUCUCCCCGCGCUCCCGUGCAGAGAUGCUGUACAAGUGGGACGCCCUGAUCAAGGAGAACAAGGACGACCUCGCCACCCUCCUCGUCUACGAGACCGGUAAGCCUCGCGCUGAAGGCUACGGCGAAAUCGCCUACGCAACCGGCUUCACCUGGUGGUUCGCCGGCGAGGCAGAGCGCAUCCAGGGCUCCGUCUACCAGGCCAGCCAGACGGACCGGCGCAUCUUCACCAUCAAACAGCCCAUCGGCGUCUGCGCCGCCCUCGUCCCCUGGAACUUCCCAAUCGCCAUGAUCCUGCGCAAGGUCAGCGCUGCCCUGGCCGCAGGUUGCGCUAUGAUCGUCAAGCCCUCGCCGGAAACCCCAAUCACCAUCCUCGCCCUCGCCCAUCUGGCCGCACAGGCAGGCGUGCCAAAGGGCGUCAUCUCCGUGCUCACGACCGACCUUGACAAAACCCCCGAGCUCUCCGAAGCGCUCUGCAAGCACCCGCUUGUCAAGAAAGUCACCUUCACAGGUAGCACGCGCGUGGGCAAGCUCAUCGCCAAGCAAUGUGCCGACGGCCUCAAAAAAGUCACCCUCGAGCUCGGCGGCAACUGCCCCUUCCUCAUCUUCAACGACGCAAACCUUGACAAAGCCCUCGCCCAGCUGGCUGCCCUCAAGUGGCGCCACGCCGGCCAGGCCUGCAUCACCGCAAACCGCGUCUACGUCCAGUCCGGCGUCUUCGACAAGUUCGUCGACAUGUACAUCGCCCAGACCAAAACUCUCAAGAUCGGCCACGGCAGCGAAGACGGCACCACGCUCGGGCCCGUCACAACAACACGCGGCCUCGACAAGGCCGACGAACUCGUCGCUGACGCUAAAAAGAAAGGCGCAUCAAUCCUCACCGGCGGCCAGCGCGCGAAUCCCACCGGGCUCGCCAAAGGCGGCUACUUCUACGAACCCACCGUCAUCACAAACACAACCGCCGACAUGCUCGUCCUACGCGAGGAAAACUUCUCGCCGAUUUGUGCAUUCGUCAAGUUCGAGACCGAGCGCGAGGCCGUCGCGGCCGCAAACGACACCUCCAUGGGCCUGGCGAGCUACUGUUUCACAACCAACGUGAACCGGCUCUGGCGACUGUUUGAGAAUCUCGAGGCGGGCAUGAUCGGACUGAAUACGGGGAAUUCUUCGGCGGCCGAGAGUCCGUUUGGUGGGAUCAAGGAGUCCGGGUAUGGUAAGGAGAGUGGCAAGGAUGUUGCUGUGGCCGAGUAUAUGAUUACUAAGACGGGCACGUUCACGUUGGAUGAGGAGACGGACUAAUUAGUUGUUAUGUCUUUGUGUUGGAAUAAUGUUUUUUGAAUGGAAUGUCUCGUCCAAGACACACACAUUACCAUCUUAUGCCGCCGUAAACAGAUCUGCAAUUGCCAUGAUGAGACGCUGCCUCAGGCAUUGCAGAUUCGACUCAUCAGAUCCACUGUUCUCGCACUCAGAUAUUUGUUGGAUG